GGAAUAUUUAGUAAACAUGCUACCGUCGUUCGUACUAUACGGUCUGCUGUUUUUUGUCUACAGCUUCCAAGGCACACACUGCGAACAACUGGAAAGCGUGGGAGUGCGAGAAUAUGUACAUCCGACUGCAUUCGGGGCAGUGGAAGCCAUGAGCGAUCGGCUAUGCAUUCAUUCAAAUGGUGCCUUCAAUAAAAGCCUCAGUGCGGUUGACCUGCUUUCAUGUUGUGAAGACUGUGGAUAUGGUUGUGAUGGGGGUAUCCCUUCCAGGGCUUGGGACUUCUGGAAGACGGAUGGCAUCGUCACAGGUGGUUCAAAGGAGGAACCCGGUGGAUGCCGGUCUUAUCCAUUUUCUAAAUGUGAACAUCAUGGUCGGGGGCACUAUCCGCCAUGUCCACGUGACCUCUACCCCACACCGGGAUGCGUCAAACAUUGUGAUACGCCAAAAAUAGAUUACACGAUGGACAAAACGAGAGAUGUCUACUUGAAGCUUUCAACCAUUUAUCUUUCAGCAAAUGCAUCCUACAACAUCCACGAAUCCGAAACAUCAAUCAAGAAGGAGAUCAUGCUCAAUGGUCCGGUUGAGGCUGCGUUUGACGUAUACGAAGACUUUACUCAGUACCAAUCUGGUAUAUAUUUUCACGCUUGGGGUGAGCUCGUCGGCGGACAUGCAAUUCGUAUUUUGGGUUGGGGAGAGCAAAAUGGUGUUCCCUAUUGGUUGAUCGCAAACUCUUGGAAUGAGGACUGGGGUGAGAAAGGAUAUCUGAGGCUCCUCCGAGGAUACAAUGAGUGUGGAAUCGAAGAAGAAGCAACGGCCGGCCUACCGGAUCUUUCCACUAUUCCACAUUUUUGA